AAGGCAACACCCCCACGCGUGCACCGCCUACCGCCACUCAUCAAACUUUAAAUUUCUUAUAUAUACAUACUCCUUCCUCUCAUUCCUCACACCAUCAACUGUCAAUUUUCUCCUCCUCCUCCUUUAAUUAAUAAUUAAGCUUUAUUGCUCAGAAAAUAUGACAGCAGCCGUAUCCACAACUUCAAUGCUCGAGUUUGAGUCAAACAUGGAUGUUGACAAGCUGACUUUGGAAAUCUUCUCCAUUCUUGAAAAUAAGUUCCUUUUUGGGUAUGAACGAGAUCCCAAGUUGGUGACGCCAUCACCCACCGUUAGAAAUGUUCCUGCCGGAAAAAUAAGAAUCCUUAGCAUUGACGCCGGUGGGUCUACUGAUGGAGUCCUUGCAGCCAAGUCUUUGGUGCAUUUGGAAUCGGCCCUCCGUCGGAAAACGGGAAACCCGAAUGCUUGUAUUACAGAUUUCUUUGACGUGGUCGCUGGAUCCGGUGUAGGUGGCAUCCUUGCAGGUCUACUGUCUACUCGCGGGAAUGAUGGUGAGCCCAAGUUCAGCACGGAGCAAGCUCUUAAAUUUAUUGUCGAGAAUGGCCGUAAAAUUUGUCAAAAACCGGCGGGAGUCUUCCAGCGCGUAUUCGGUUCAUCAAAGGCUGAGAAGGUGCUGAAGAAAGUUUUUGGGGAACUAACAUUAAAGGACACAUUAAAACCGGUUUUGAUUCCGUGUCAUGAUCUCAGCACGGGCGCACCGGUUUUGUUUUCUCGUGCUGAUGCUUUGGAAAUGGACGGCUACGAUUUCAAAAUGGCUGGCAUUUGUGGAGCCACAAUUGCUAAUAAAGCAGUGCAUCUGAAGUCAAUUGAUGGUAGAAGAAAGAUCGUGGCCGUCGGUGGUGGAGUGGCCAUGAACAAUCCAACUGCUGCUGCUAUAACUCACGUUCUAAAUAACAAGCAAGAAUUUCCCUUCUGUAAAAGAGUUGAAGAUUUGUUGGUUGUGUCAUUAGGCAACGGCGAGUCAGAUGCCGGAGUCAGGAGCACAAUAUCUUCGCCGGCCAUUAAUAAUGACAGGACUAAAAAGAUCCUGACCUCCGCUCUUAGUAUGAACCUAGGAAUUAUUGAGGAUUUCUCAACGUUGAGCUACAGUCUAAUGACCAAUAUUCCAUGUAGAGCCAUCUUCCCACAAGGUAAUCAUUCAAAGGGCGGUGCUGCAGUGGGGGCCCUUAAGGUUUGGGUUUAA